AUGUCCAUAAUUCAACGUAUAGGUGCAAGCACAGAAUCGUAUUUAUUGGAAUUAACGAUUCAUUCAGUCACAAUAAAUAUUCCUUAUCCAGUCAAAUUAAAAGUAUACUAUUUAAAAUUAAUUAAUACGCUAUUAAUAAGCUAAUAUAAAAAAUAAAAUAAUUAUAUUAGUGCAAGAUAAUUGUAAAACGAGGGAAAAACUACAAAGAAGAAACAUCAGCUGUAAAUCAUGACUUAGUUCUCGGUACUAUUUUUUUCGAACACACAGUUUUGCUCCGAGUAACUAUGUUUAGAAAAAGCAGAUCAUAUCUAAAGAAAAAUGCUUCAUUUCGACUAGUUCAGAUCUCAAAAAAUAAAUGCAUCAAGAAUGGUAAAGGAAGGCUUGAUCUUUCAAAAAUUUUCACUCAUAGUCCAUCAUUUGAGAAACAAGAUAUAAAGCUUAAGCAUUGCUCAGAUAAAAAUGCUUAUAUAUGCAUAAGUGCGACUAUGACAAGGAUUGACCGAACCUCAAGCAUGGGAUCAAUCUCGGCAGAAUCAAUAUCAUCUGAAGAAGCUGACAUGACAGAUUUAAUUCCAGUCACAUUUGCCUAUAGUGUUAAUAGUUCUGAAAUGAGCGCUCCUGAGGUGAAAAAUGAAAAACUAAGCUUGACUAUGAACUCUGAAGAAAGCUCGAAAAAGAAAAAACAAGAUGCUAGAGAAAAAUUUAAAAAAAGACUGGAAAAGCUAACAAUUGCACAAAAAUCACACACAGUUGUAGAGCCUAACACAGCAUAUCCUUAUCAAGAAAUGGAGUCACCAUCUCCGUCUCCUACAAUAUCACCUCAGCCAAAAAGAACAGAAUGAUCAUUUUCUAAUGAUCCAAAAGAAUUUGAACUAAGCCCUAAUGAGCUAAAUGGGCUCAAAGAUAUCCCAAUAAUUGAAAAAGAAAAGCCAGAACCAAAGCCUUUCUUUUUAAAACCAAUUAAAAUUGGAUGCGAUGAUGAUGAAAUAUCGAACUCAACAAAUAAUAAUAAAGAAGAACAAGAAGUUGAGUCUGUUAAAAAUACAGAAAACGAGCAGUGCUUGCCUGCAACGUCUCUAAAAGGUGCUAUACCGAACUCAAACAGCAAAGAGAAUGAAAUAAAAGCAAGAGAGUGCGUUGGAGGUCUAAGUAGCACAAAUUCAGCUUGUUCGUCGUGUAAAGGAUGCGUAAUUAUAUAA